AUAUAUGUCAUAGUUUUAGUUUGUUAGAUUGAUUUAUUUUUUUUUACUAAUAAUUACUCUAAUUUUCUAUGUAUUCUUCAGUCAUGCAUGUUACAUCCAUAUUUGGUACUAUUAGAAAAAAGUAAUCUCACGUUCAAACCAUGCCAAUUACAAUGGUAUACAAGUCGUUGGAACAGAUUAUUUAAAAAGUUGAGUAAUUAUAAAGCUCGAUGGCUUCGGAAGUGGUUCAGCUUUGGAUCUCUUGUUACAAGUAUUUUAAUCAUACCAUCAUUAUUUCUAUUAGCAUAUACUGCUAAGAAUAUGUAUGACUCCUUAAGCUAUGAUAUUAAAACAGAACAAAUUUUGCAACCAGUAUUUCCAGGAGUGAAUUUACCAUUAUCUCAUGUAAUAUAUUAUUUUGUUACAUUAUUAAUGUGUAGUAUUUUUCAUGAAUUAGGACAUGCACUUGCUGCUGCAAGAGAAAAUGUCAAGAUUCAUGGUUCUGGUUUGUUUAUUUUUGGAAUAUUUCCUGGUGCAUUUGUUGAUUUAUCAACUGAAAGUAUGACAUUGUUAACACCAUGGCAACAAUUGAGGAUAUAUUGUGCAGGUGUUUGGCAUAAUAUUGUGUUGGUUUUAUUAUACAAGGCAUUAUCUGUAUUUAUCAUAAUACCUACGCAUGGACCUGGUGACCGAGGUGAAGAUGCACGCCCAGGAAACGGAAGAGGCGCAGUACUAUCCAGAGAUAGUACCAAACAACAGAGUGCACACGAUUGA